AUGAAGCCAGAUAAAGUGACCUUUUCGGAGCGUCAGCGGUUGAGAAAAGCAGGCGAGCUCGAAGAGGAGGAUGCGAAGCCGAUCUUUGGAAAUCGAAUGAAGUCCAAGGUGACGUUUUCAGAGCGGCAACGACAAAAGCUGAGACGGAGAAAGACGCUGGACGAGAUGGAAACGCUAGAGUGCGUGGAUGGAGAGUUCGGAUUCAGCUGGUCGGAAUAUGCUUCGGAUUCGUCGUCCGAGACGCCCACGCCGGCAGGUGGUUUGGAGAAGAUUGAGUUUGGCGAAGAGCUGCGAGAGGAAGCUGGCGAGGCUGGCGAAGGGACGGUGGUGGGAACGGCGUGGAAGGAGAAUCGUGGAUUCCGAGUGCAGAUUCGCCUCGGGGGAGCGGCGAAGAAGCUUGUCAGUGGAGCCAUUGCCGGAGGAGUGUCACGCACAGUGGUGGCGCCGCUGGAGACGAUCCGCACGCAUCUGAUGGUGGGGAGCUCGGGGCACCGCACGAUCGCCGGCGUGUUCCGCUGGAUCAUGGAGAAGGAGGGGUGGCGCGGGCUGUUCCGCGGCAAUGCCAUCAAUGUCCUCCGCGUGGCUCCCGGCAAGGCUGUCGAGCUAUUCACGUACGACACUGUGAAGAAGCUACUCACCCCUCCGGACGGUGGCAAGCCCAUCAUUCCCAUCCCGCCAUCCUCCAUUGCCGGAUCUGCUGCUGGCGUGGCAGCGUGCUGCCUCAUGUACCCCCUCGAGCUCGUCAAGACGCGGCUGACCAUCCAGCCGGGCGAGUACCGCUCCAUUCUGCAUGCAUUCUACCGCAUCAUCACAGAGGAGGGCGCUCACGAGCUCUAUCGCGGCCUGGGUCCCAGCCUCAUAGGCAUCGUGCCGUAUGCUGGCUCCAACUACUUUGCAUACGACACGCUGCGCACGCUCUACAAGGAGGUUACUAAGAAGGACAAGAUUGAGCCGCUUGCGACACUCAUCAUUGGGUCGCUUGCUGGCGCUGCUGCUGCCUCGGCCACGUUCCCCUUGGAAGUGGCACGGAAACAGAUGCAAGUGGGUGCGCUCAAGGGCCGUGUUGUGUACAAGGGAACGUUGGACUGCAUUCAGAGGAUCGUUCAGGAGCAGGGAAUCCAAGGGCUAUACAGAGGCCUUGUGCCGUCGUGCGUCAAGCUAAUGCCUGCUGCAGGGAUCUCGUUCAUGUGCUAUGAAGCGCUCAAGCAUGUUUUUGUUGAGGAUGACAAGGUUACGGUAGCGAAACCAGGAGGUGCUUGA